CACCCCCCCCCCCCCCCCUACAUGCCUGCCUCUGGUAUUUGUAAGGCAUGAGUACUGUUUGUUGCUCACGUAGCCCCAAACUGCAUUGGCCACAUGCAGGAGAUGUAUAGGAAGUUUCAGGAGAUAUAGGGCUGGGAUCCUAUGUUUUCAAAGUAAAAAAUAUUCCAGGGGAAACAUACUUAAGGCAAGCGGAAAUUUCCCAAGAUAGCUCAGUGUACUGUCAAAGGCUUUCAUGUCCAGAAUCACUGGGUUGCUCUGAGUUUUCCAGGCUGUAUGGCCAUAUUCCAGAAGUAUUUUCUCCUAGCGUUUCGCCCACAUCUGUGGCAGGCAUCCUCAGAGGUUUUGAGAAUGAAAUAUGGCUGAGGACCCUCAGAGAAAUUUCCGAUCAGUAUAUUAUGAGAAAGUGGGAUUUCGUGGUGUUGAAGAAAAGAAGUCCUUGGAAAUCCUUCUGAAAGAUGAUCGGUUGGACAUUGAGAAGCUUUGUACUUUUAGUCAACGAUUCCCUCUCCCAUCCAUGUAUCGGACCUUGGUAUGGAAGGUACUUCUAGGAAUUCUUCCUCCUCACCAUGAAUCUCAUGCCUUUGUGAUGAAAUACCGAAAGGAGCAGUAUAGAGAUGUGUACCAUGCUCUCCGAGUAAUUCGUUUCAUCAAUGAUUCUACGCCGCAGGUGGAAGUUUUCCUCCGGAUAUAUCAGCUGGAGUCUGGGAAGCUGCCUCGAAAUCCAUCAUUCCCCUUGGAAUCUGAAGAACAGACGUUUCUGGCUAUUGCUAAAGCCAUGGAGGAAAUGGUGGAAGAUUCCAUUGACUGCUAUUGGCUUGUCAGUAGUUUUGUGAAUCAGUUAAGCAAUAAGUACAAGGAUUCUUUGCCCCAGCUGCCAAAACUUCUGGAACAGUACCUGAACCUUGAGGAUAGCAGACUCCUAACACACCUGAAAUCGUGUUCGGCAAUGGGCCAGCUGCCUUACAAUCUUUGGUUUAGAAGAUGUUUUGCUGGUUGUCUACCUGAAUCUAGUUUACAGAGAGUUUGGGAUAAAGUUAUUAGCGGCUCUUGCAAAAUACUCGUCUUCGUUGCUGUAGAGAUCUUAUUAACCUUCAAAAUGAAGUUGAUGGCCCUGAAUAGUGCAGAAAAGAUUGAAAUGUUUUUGGAAAAUAUACCUCAAGACAACACUGAUGCAAUUGUGAGCAAAGCUAUUGAGCUGUGGCACAAACAUUGCGGGACUCCUGCUCAUUCUGUCUGAGAUAAACUUUUCAACUGGCAUUUUACAUUACUACUGGACUUUUAAUUUUUUUAAAUUAUGUUUUUGGUGCAACUCUCUCCCCCCCCUCCCCCCCGAAUUCUCGAAUUAAAAGUAUUUAAAUAUUGGAAA